AUGGCGAAGAAGAACGUGCUCGAGUUAUGGAGUAUCUUCAAAGAGAGACUAAGCCCGCCGGAUCUCAAAACGCUCGCCUCCUUACUGAUAGAUUCUAAUCGCAAAAGAAUUGACAAGAACCAACUCAUAGUAUCUGCUCUGGUUCUGUUCAAGAAGGACGAGUUUCUUCGCCGAUGCUUCACAGAUUUUCUCACGAAGUCUCAAGAAGAUAAAGAUAUGAGUGAGGUUGAGGUUGAGUCACUCGAGAACUUCUGUAAGAUGGUCAGUGAGGACCUGGGUCCUUCCGAGUUUCUAAAGUUAGUCUCCUCCAUUAAAGACUUCGGUAAGCAAAAAAUCAAACUCAGCCAGCUCCGCAAAUCUGUUUCACUUUUGUACAAGACCAAGGGUCAAGAAGAUGAUCAUGGAAAGACCCUUGAAGAUACGGGUCUUGAACUUGAAGAAGGUGAGAUACGAGAAGAUGGUCUUCUUCGUGAUCCAAAGGUUAAACAAAAUUAUCUUGGGAUUAGGGCUAGCGUAGGUGAGAAAUCGAAAGAAGAUCCAAAGACUGAGAUUAGGGUUUCUGAAGAGCCAGAGUUGGUGAAAGACGUAGACAAGAUAAAGUUGGAAGGAAAGAAGAGAAGAAUCUUGCAACCGGAACAGGCUGAGAGGACUCUGAAGAAACCGAGAAUGUUAGAAAGAGUGACACCUAGCUAUAAGCUUAUCCCUGAGGAAGAACGGUGUCCCGUAUCAAACAGUGUACUGAACAACAAGUACACUCUGAUAAAGUUUGAUGAUCCGUCAGGGAUUAAGAAACAGAGCAAAUACGAAGAAGCAAUGGCGAGAUGUGAAGAUCAUAUGUUUGAGGCUGAUGUGCUGAUGGAAACUCUGAAAAGUGCAGUGGAGAAUGCUGAGAAAGUAAUAGCAGAGGAGAUGAGCGUAGAAGAUCUCGGAGUGAAGUUCUACAGAUGCAUCCAAAGGCUAUACUGUAGAGAUAUGUCUGAGAUUGUGAGAGAAAACCACAAGAGGGCUUUACCUGUCAUCUUAAUCCGGUUGAAUCAGAAGUUGGAUGAGCUCACAGUUGCUAGAGAAAGCUGGAUCCCUAUGUGGAAGAGAGUCUUUGAAGAAAACACUGCCAAGCAAAGAGAAGCCACUGCACAAGGCCUCAGGAAAAAAGUAAAGGAAAACAGCAGAUUCUGA